AUUCGACCAUGGAUAUCUGGAAUGGAAACUUACGACUUGACGAUAUCAAUGAGAUACGAGACAUACGAAUAAGUGCACCGUCAACGAAACUCCCGCUACCAAACGAUUGCACGCUUCAAUUUCUAUCACAUGUCGACACCACACGAAUACCACUGCAAUUGAUAUGUGGUCCACGUCUAGAUGUCUCGACUGCAGAUCCAGAUACCGAAACGUGGUUCAGCAAUCUACUGCUCAGUAGCAAUGAUGCAGAAGAGCAAGGAACAGAAUGGUGGCCGAGUGCUGCUCUAGAGUCUCCUCUGGGUAUUCUGGCAGCAGUACAAGUCGCAGAUUCAAGCAGCAUACCACAACCACGGACAACGGAAAUUCUCUUCUAUGCAGCGAGAAGGGAUGUCCAGCGCAGUCCUCCUACGCCACCACACAAUGAAGCAUCAUCCUCAGAUAUGGCUUUCGGACUCUACGCCCUCCCACUCUCCUCGGACCUACUACUCUCAAACGAAGUAGAAGUCACACCGCCCAGCUCCCCUAUCCUCAGCGCCACAGACACAUCCACACCAACCGGCCGCUUCAUCCCCCACCCCUGGGACGGCCCCUCCUUGCGACAAAAACGCAAAACUGCAAUCGACUCCACCUUCUCCGCCGCUGAAGACCACCGCAGAAACCUGAAACGCCACUUGGGUGCCUCAGUCGCCGCAGCCGCGGCAUCAAACAGUCCUUCCCUGCCUUCUCUACCACGACUGAAAUCAGAACAAAGUAGAGGCUCCGUACCCCUACUUACGAGACCGAAAUCCAGAAGCCCGAGUAUAGCAAGUCUGAGGCGAGAAAACACCGGUACUGCUGCAGAAACAAGAAGAGUCUCCGGACUAUCCAGAGAAACUCCCGUUCCUACAACCACACAAACAGCAGAAGAAGAAGCUUUGGAAAAGAAAAACAAAGAUAUGAUAUCCAAAGUCGUAUUGGCCGGUCUUCGCGUAUGGGGUUUCACUUCAUCUUCAAAACGGAAGAAGAGAGCUUCCACCUCUACUGCUUCUGAACCUCCUCCUGAUCCCGCAGAGGAAGCAAGAGAUGAAGAAUACAAAUUGCUAUACCAUCACGUCUACAAAUCCACUUGCUUCGCUUUCAGAGUGGGCAUCGCAAAGCAGGACUUAAGUGGCAAGGAAUUCGCGGACAGAGUCAGGGAUAUGGUGGAUUCAUUCUUGGGUAUAUUCUGUAAAGAUCCUUUGGAGAAGGCGGUCGAUGGGGAUGAAAUGGAGUUGGAUGGUGCGUUUAGGGGUGCGGUGGUUAGAACGCCUAAAGGAGAGUUAGGGGAGCAUGAGAGGGGGUUGAGGUGAGAUGAGGCGGAGAGGAUAGGUCUGGUCAUGGGCAGAGAUCUGAUGGAAGUGGUUGGAAGCAGAGUAUACAAGCCCUAUGACCCUUUAUUUGAUCAUGCCUUCAUUCUUCUUGCUCGCUCGAUUCUCCCUUCCACCUGACACACCGCGUGCCAUCUCCCAGCCAAAGCACGUUAUCCAACAAGAAUGCCAGAUCACAAUAUUCCACCAUGGUGAACGUUGGGCAGAAACACACCGUCGACCCUCUCGCAAAGGAUGAGUCCUCACCUACUCGGCAAAUGUUGUGGAUCGAAGAGUGAAGGCAGCGCAAGCAUUGGAGAUGAGGGGAAAGCCUGAGAGAUUAACAAAAAAACGAACAACAUCACGGGAAGCAACGACUAUCGAAGGGAGGUCGCAUAGUGCAAGUUAAAAAGG